UCAACUAAAAAUAACUUACAGUUUUGCAAAAAUCCGAAUGAAUUUUUCAUUAAUAUAAUCAAUAUAAAUACUCUCAUCUAGUGCGGCGCCGGAUAUGACUAAAGUCCAAUAGCACUGCAGUUCCGCUCGCACAGGCAACAAUUGCCGCCGAACUGUCAAUCGAAGAAAACAUGUCGUGAAAACAUUCGAUCCGACUUGGUCGUUUUCUUUUUGGAAUAAUAAAUCUUGUGAAAAUGGCAACAGUGUGUAAUGUGUUACGGACUUGUGGCUUAACAUUUUGUUUUGUGCUGUGCGCGUUCGCUGUGCCUGAAACGAACUUAGAACCGUGGAUAUCUUCGAUUGAAAUAGCUACGAAAAAAUGUUCGCAAAAUAAUUGUAAAUAUUUACUAAAUGUGCGCGGUGGUGAGUUUCUCGGGCAUUAUUCUUGGAGAUUAACCCCUAGCGGUGGUUCUAGGGGUGAUAAUUGUGAUACAAUAUUCCCCAAUUACGAAUUAAAAGAAAUUCAAACGUCGCAAUGGUUUACAAAAGUUGAGGUGACCGUGCCUUCUUCUGAUGGUAGGAUUUACUUCUGUCUGCAUCAUAGAAGAGAGAAGAACAACCCUUUCGGUGGAAAAUGGGUUCACCAAGGCGAGAAGCUGUAUUUGGAUCCGAAAUCCGACGACAUUUCAUCACCAAUGCAGGAAAAAAUCCAAACCUCAACACAGAAGGCAAAUCUUGAAGCAGAUACGCAAUGGGCGGACCUGUCCCAUGACGUCGACGUGAACCAACUGCCGACCGUCAACCGACCUACUAGAGAGGAGAGCAACGACAUCGAACUCUUUAUUAACAACCAAUACGUACCUUUGAAUAACGUAAACGACAUAAAAAACGUCGACUUCAACGAAAUACAAGCGGACACUGAGGACUAUGAUAGGGAUAAGCGCGAUACCGACGAAGUUAAUGAUGAUGAUGUUAUAGAAGAAAUGUAUCCUGAUGAAUUGGAAGGUUUAGAAGAGAGUACGGAGACAACCAUUGAAGAUUUGAUUGAAGAAAUAGAGAAGAUCAAAUCGGAGCGGACGAAAAGGGAGACGGGAGAUAAAAAAGAAGUAGAACAGAAAGGGACAACGCUAGACGAUUCUAAGAGCAGAACAGAAAGACAAGUGUCUGGUGAUGGAGAAUUUUCGAGUGUAAGAGCUGUAAAUCAGUUUGUGAGUGUAGAUGGGAUCAGGGUUGAGGAUUCUGCUAAAGAGCCGAAGAUCGUGGAGGAUGGGGUACCAAGUGUAUUGGCUGAUACUGGAGUUACACUUAGAAUCUUCGGUGAUGGACUGACACCCAAGACGGUUAUAGCAUUUACGAACUACCCGCAAGAAUACGGCCAGCCUUGCAAGUUUAUACUACCCGGGGAGUAUAUGGCCAAAGAAGACUCCGUCACGAAGAAGUCCGCACUAUUCGAGAUCACAGCGCCAUCUCCCGUCACUGGUUCCCACUUAUACCUUUGCAUCAAGAACCUCGACUCAGGAGUGACUGACAUAUCCAAAGACGACGCGAAAUACAUCCACAUGGGCUCUGAAAACUGGAAGAUUCUGGCCACCCACAAAACUCUUCUACCCUUAUGGGUUUCUCUUACUUUAAUCCUGGUCUGCCUGAUGUUUUCGGCGUUGUUCUCUGGCCUGAAUCUAGGGCUCAUGUCUUUGGAUAGAACAGAGUUGAAGAUCAUAUCAAAUACUGGCACUGAACAAGAAAGGAAGUACGCCAGAGCGAUCAUGCCAGUGAGGGACCACGGGAACUACUUGCUGUGCAGCAUUUUACUGGGGAAUGUCGCAGUGAAUUCCACGUUUACCAUUUUGCUGGAUGAGCUCACGUCUGGGCUGUUCGCUGUGAUUUUUUCGACGCUGGCAAUCGUUUUGUUGGGCGAGAUUACGCCCCAGGCGAUAUGCUCAAGACAUGGUUUGAUGGUGGGCGCUAAAAGCAUCAUGAUUACUAAGGCAGUCAUGGCGCUCACAGCACCACUCGCGUUCCCGGUGAGCAAGCUCCUGGACUACUUCCUAGGCGAGGAGAUAGGCAGCGUGUACAACAGGGAGCGGCUGAAGGAACUUGUGAAGGUCACCACCGACGUCAACGAUCUGGACAAAGAUGAAGUCAACAUCAUUUCCGGAGCCCUGGAGCUCCGCAAGAAGUCCGUUGCUGACGUCAUGACGAAGUUGGAAGACGUGUUCAUGCUGCCCAUAAGCUCUGUGCUCGAUUUUGAGACAAUGUCGGAGAUUGUUAAGUCUGGCUACUCCCGCAUCCCGGUAUACGAGGGAAGCCGCGGCAACAUCGUGACAGUUCUCUUCAUCAAGGACUUAGCGUUCGUGGACCCUGACGACAACACGCCGCUGCGGACGCUCUGCCAGUACUACCAGAACCCGUGCAACUUCGUCUUCGAGGAUGUCACGCUCGAUGUCAUGUUCCGCCAGUUUAAGGAUGGUCACAAAGGCCACAUGGCGUUCGUCCAUCGCAUCAACAACGAGGGCGAGGGCGACCCGUUCUACGAGACCAUCGGGCUGGUGACUUUGGAGGACGUCAUCGAGGAAAUGAUUCAAGCCGAGAUAGUCGAUGAGACUGAUGUGUUUUUGGACAACCGCACCAAGCGCCGCCGCAACCGCCCUCAGAACAAACUGCAAGACUUCACUGCGUUCGCGGAACGGCACGAGAACCAGCGCAUACACAUAUCGCCGCAACUCACGCUUGCCACCUUCCAGUUUUUGAGCACUAGCGUGGACGCCUUCCGUCCAGACACUGUAUCAGAGACGGUCCUCCGCCGUCUCCUGAAGCAGGAUGUGAUUCACCACAUCAAGCUGAAGGGCAAGACCAAGAAAGAUCCCAGCACUUACGUCUUCCAGCAGGGGAAACCGGUGGACUACUUCGUUCUGAUACUGGAAGGGCGGGUGGAGGUGACAGUGGGCCGCGAAAAUCUCGUGUUCGAAGCUGGCCCCUUCACGUAUUUUGGUGUACAAGCGCUGACCCAGAACAUCGGCGUCGCGGAAUCUCCAAGCCCGUCAGCCAUGGGAUCCCUACAGAACAUCAACGUGGACGCCAUGCUACGUCACACAUUCGUACCGGACUACUCCGUGCGAGCCAUCGCCGAACUGUUCUACCUGACUGUCAAACGAUCCCUCUACCUGGCGGCCAAAAGGGCUACUCUAAUGGAAAAAGGAGCUCUGUCUAAAGGAGCCACUAACGAACAGUUCGACACCGAAGUAGAUAAGUUGCUCCAAUCUGUAGAUGAGGACACCAGCAUCACUGGUGAACACCGGACACCAUCGAGACAGGUAUCUCCCAACCCACUGCCAGUGUCGGCGUCUCCGAACACACGCGCUUCGUUCGUAUCACGCGCUUCGCCCGAGCAGCGUAACGGCGAUCUGCGCUGUCUCGAUGAACAGCGCCGAUUGCUCGACCACUCCGCGUGACCCGGGAUAAGUGAAGGCGCGGUCUCUUUACACGUGGAGACGGAGACAGUGUUUAUUAAUUUACAGUAGAACACUUCUUAAAAUGUGCAGGACAAUUCAUUGUUUAAGUAACUAAGAUGGCGCAGCGUGAGCCCUUAGAAUCUUCACUCUGGUCUACUAUGA